AGCAACCGAGCGGGGCCCGGCCCGAGCGGGGUCUGGGGGUGCGACGCCGAGGGCGGGGGAACGCGAGCCGCUGCUCCGGGACCGGGCCGCGCGCGCGCCGCCUCAGGGACCAUCACCAUUGCUGGAGGUGCCUGACAGAAAUCCCAGCCAGCUUUUGGGGCAUCUCUCAUCCCACAACCUCAGCUAUCCAGGACAAAGCCAGGAACUUGGAAGUGUGGCGCCCGUGCAUCUGCAGCCAUGGGAUCUGAGGACCACGGGGCCCAGAACCCCAGUUGUAAAAUCAUGACGUUUCGCCCAACCAUGGAAGAAUUUAAGGACUUCAACAAAUAUGUGGCCUACAUAGAAUCGCAGGGAGCCCACCGGGCGGGCCUGGCCAAGAUCAUCCCCCCAAAGGAGUGGAAGCCACGGCAGACGUAUGAUGACAUUGAUGACGUGGUCAUCCCAGCCCCCAUCCAGCAGGUGGUGACAGGGCAGUCGGGCCUCUUCACACAGUACAACAUCCAGAAGAAGGCCAUGACCGUGGGCGAGUACCGCCGCCUGGCCAACAGCGAGAAGUACUGCACCCCACGACACCAGGACUUUGAUGACCUUGAACGCAAGUACUGGAAGAACCUCACCUUCGUCUCACCCAUCUACGGGGCCGACAUCAGUGGCUCUUUGUACGACGACGACGUGGCCCAGUGGAACAUUGGCAACCUCAGGACCAUCCUGGACAUGGUGGAGCGGGAGUGCGGCACCAUCAUUGAGGGCGUCAACACCCCCUACUUGUACUUUGGCAUGUGGAAGACCACCUUUGCCUGGCACACGGAGGACAUGGACCUGUACAGCAUCAACUACCUGCACUUCGGGGAGCCCAAGUCGUGGUACGCCAUCCCACCAGAGCACGGCAAGCGGCUGGAGCGGCUGGCGAUCGGCUUCUUCCCCGGGAGCUCGCAGGGCUGUGACGCCUUCCUGCGGCACAAGAUGACCCUCAUCUCACCCAUCAUCCUGAAGAAGUAUGGGAUCCCCUUCAGCCGGAUCACGCAGGAGGCUGGGGAAUUCAUGAUCACGUUUCCCUAUGGCUACCAUGCUGGCUUCAAUCACGGAUUCAACUGCGCAGAAUCUACCAAUUUUGCUACCCUGCGGUGGAUUGAUUACGGCAAAGUGGCCACUCAGUGCACGUGCCGCAAGGACAUGGUGAAGAUCUCCAUGGAUGUGUUCGUGCGCAUCUUGCAGCCCGAGCGCUACGAGCUGUGGAAACAGGGCAAGGACCUCACCGUGCUCGACCAUACGCGGCCCACGGCCCUCAGCAGCCCCGAGCUGAGCUCCUGGAGUGCCUCCCGCGCCUCACUGAAGGCCAAGCUCCUCCGCAGACAAAUUAGUCUGAAAGAAAACAGACACUGGAAAAAGACUGAGGAGGAGAGAAAACCAAAUCUAGAAAGGAAGAAAGAGCAGACCAAAAAGCCGGGGCUGUCGUCUCACCGGAAACGGAGCCAGCCCAAGAAGCCCAAGCCCGAAGACCUCAAGUCACCAGGGGAGGGGGCGGCUGGGAUGGCCCUCCUGGAAGAGGCCGGGGGCAGCGUGAAGGAGGAGGCCGGGCAGGAGGCGGACCCCGAGGAGGAGGAAGAGGAGCCGCAGCCGCUGCUGCAGGGCCGGGAGGCUGAGGGCACAGAAGAGGAUGGCAGGGGGAAGCCACGGCUCCCCAAGGCCAAGGGCGACCGGAAGAAGAAGAGCUAUGGCCUGCUGCCUCCUCCGCUACCUCUGCCUGUCCCGUUCCCUGCUGAGGAGGCGCUGCUGCGGCUGCCGCCCCCACUGGAGCCCCCGGUGCUGGUCCCCAGCCCUACAGCCACCGAGGGGAGCCCCCCACCAGCACCCCUGAAUGUUGUGCCCCCCGAGGUGCCAGGAGAGGAGCUGGAGGCCAAGUCACGGCCCAUCAUCCCCAUGCUGUACGUGGUGCCACGGAGGAGCCAGGCGGUGCCUGACGAGGACCGCAUGUCCUCUCAGCAGACCUUCGAGCACUUUGCCCAUAAGGGCUCCGUCUGGAAGGAACAGGCUGCCCCCAUGGAGCUGGCGGGGCCAGAGGAGGAGGGCACGGCAGGCAGCAGGGCGGGCCGCACUGAGACCAAGGCCCGGGCUGGAGAGGUGGCGUCCACGUUCUCCAAGUUGAAGAUGGAGAUCAAGAAGAGCCGGCGCCACCCUCUGGGCAAACCACCCACCCGGUCCCCACUGUCAGUGGUCAAGCAAGAGGCCUCGAGUGACGAGGAAGCGUUCCCUUUCUCCGGGGAGGAAGACGUGAGUGACCCCGAGGCCUUGCGGUCCCUGCUGUCCCUGCAGUGGAAGAACGAGGCGGCCAGCUUCCAGGCCGAGAGGAGGUUCAACGCGGCGGCCGCACGCACCGAGCCCUACUGCGCCAUCUGCAGCCUCUUCUACCCGUACAGCCGGUCCCUACAGACCGAGAAGGAGGCGCCCCAGGCCUCUCUUGGGGAGGGCUCCUUGGCUGUGCCACCUUCCAAAAGCGGCCAGAAGACGCGGCCGCUGAUCCCCGAGAUGUGCUUCACCUCUAGUGGCGAGAACACGGAGCCUCUCCCCGCCAACUCCUACAUCGGCGACGACGGCACCAGCCCGCUGAUCACGUGCGCUAAGUGCUGCCUGCAGGUCCACGCCAGUUGCUAUGGCAUCCGCCCUGAACUGGUCAACGAAGGCUGGACGUGUUCCCGGUGCGCAGCUCACGCCUGGACUGCGGAGUGCUGCCUAUGUAACCUCCGAGGAGGAGCGCUGCAAAUGACCACGGAGAGCAGGUGGAUCCAUGUGAUCUGCGCCAUCGCUGUCCCGGAGGUGAGGUUCCUGAAUGUGAUUGAGCGCCACCCCGUGGACAUCAGUGCCAUCCCUGAGCAGCGGUGGAAACUGAAAUGCGUGUAUUGCCGGAAGCGGAUGAGGAAGGUAUCGGGUGCCUGCAUCCAGUGCUCCUACGAGCACUGCUCCACGUCCUUCCACGUGACCUGCGCCCUUGCCGCUGGCGUCCUCAUGGAGCCUGAUGACUGGCCCUACGUGGUCUCCAUCACCUGCCUCAAGCACAAGGCAGGGGGCCACGCGGUCCAGUUCCUGAGGGCUGUGUCCUUAGGCCAGGUGGUCAUUACCAAGAACCGCAAUGGGCUCUACUACCGCUGCCGCGUCAUCGGCACCACCACACAGACCUUCUAUGAAGUGAACUUUGAUGACGGGUCCUACAGUGACAACCUCUACCCAGAGAGCAUCACCAGUAGAGACUGUGUCCGGCUGGGACCCCCUGCUGAGGGGGAGCUGGUUGAGCUCCGGUGGACGGACGGUAACAUCUACAAGGCCAAGUUCAUUUCCUCUGUAACCAGUCACAUAUACCAGGUGGAGUUUGAGGAUGGAUCCCAGCUGACAGUGAAGCGAGGGGACAUCUUCACCCUGGAGGAGGAGCUCCCCAAGAGGGUCCGGUCACGGCUGUCACUCAGCACGGGGGCACCGCAGGAGCAUGCCUUCUCAGGAGAGGAGGUGAAAGCCGCCAAGCGCCCGCGUGUGGGCACCACACUCGCUGCCGAGGACUCGGGGUGCAGCCCGGACUACCUGACCUUCAUGGAGAACUUCCUGCAGGCGCAAGGCCGGCCCGGAGCGCCUUUCUAGGACAGCCGGCCUGGGCGACCCUUCAGCCCAGCAAGGCAGGCCACGGCGGGUCCUGGGCGUUUGCUUGCUGUGAAUUCCUGUCCUCGAGUCCCCCCGGCCCCUGAGGGGCUACCUCCGCGCUGUGGGUGCCCCUCUGUGGGGCGACAGGAGCAGGCAGGACGCCGCACACGGCCCCCGGACUCAGGGAGCAGGGCCACGCGGGCUCGGGGGCGGCCGGGGGUGCGCCACCCACUCAACUCAGAUUUUUUAACCAUGUAAGCUCUCUUCUCGAAAAGGUGCUACUGCAUUGCCACUGAGCAACCUUUGAGAUUGUGACUUCUGUACAUAAUCACCUUUGUGAGGCUCUUUCUAUAAAUACCUAUUGUUUAAAAAAAAAAAGAAAAACAAAGAAAAGGAAAAAGUCCCCAAAGUUGUUUUCUAGAUUUGUGGCUUUAACAAAACAAAACAAACAUGUUCUUUUUCUCAGAACGAAGAUACGCUGAGGGAGAUAAAUGCAUCUCAUUGUUUUUUGUUUGUUGUUUUAAAAUAUGAUUUGUCUAUUGAGCAGGCAGGGAAGGGGUGUGUGGCGGCUGGAAUGUCCUAAUAUCUCAAGGCAGUUCUGCAGCUGUCGUGUGACCUGCGGUGGCCCAGGAGGGUGGGCAGAUGCCCCAGUCACAGGUGAGUGAGUGGGUCUCACUCUCGCCUUGCCCUGGCUCCUGGACUGUGAUGGUCCCAGCAGCCGCCUCCCACCGCUGCCUGCACCUGUCACUCUCUGUGCCUGAUAGGAGGAGGCCAGGGGUCCCUUGAGUUGCCGACCCCACAUGCCGGCUAGCAGGAGCCACGGGGCCCAGGUGCCUGUCUCCCAUGUGCCCGCACCUUUGCAAAACAAACCGUCUCUCUGGUUUGCUCCUCUGUGCUUCUCCCCUCCAGAGAAUCGCUCUAUAGCUGAGGCCGCAGGUGUUCGAGAGGCUUCCUCUCAGAUGACACAUCCCCUGCACCCGCGAGGCCUCGGGGAGGGAGGCCACCGCACGUGUGUGCCGGGCGCUGGUCAGCACCAAGCGUGGCCUCCCGGCUCGGCUCUCAGGGUGCGGGCUCUGAGCGUGUUAGGGUCAGGCCUUCCAGGCGUCACAAGUGUCGUGGGGCUCCAGCCACCCAGGCGCCCCCCGCUUUGGCCAGUCUCCUGUUCAGGGAGGGCUGCCAGGACCCUGGGGCUUGGUCCAUCCUCCGCUUCCGCCCUCCGGGGUCCUGUUUGUGACUCAUGGACUUGCGUGUCUGGGAGAAAGAGGGAGAGAGGGAGUCGCUGCUUUCAACGUGGGGGGAAUCUGCGGGUUGAACUGAUGGUGAGAGAGCAGGUACUUCACAGGCCGGCUUGGGAAGCAGCUUCCCAUGGUGGCCCAGGAGGGAGGUGGCAGCUGCCGGCCUGCCCGCCACCUCCACCCCACGCCCUCUGCGGGGCUGCCUCCGGUCCCCCGGGGAGGCUGAGAAGAUGAUCUGCUUGUAUAAAGAAAAGUUAUUAAAGAGUGUUCUGACGGUUGCCAGGCCAGAACUAUUUAAGGAAAGGGUAGAGAAUCCUCGGUGGGGGGAGGGGGGAAAGGUGGGGUUCCCCUGAGACGAGGGGUCUCCCUCUGCGGGCUGCGCAGCCCCCGGCGCGGCCUGCGCUGUAUUCAUAUGUAGUUUGCAAAUGCUAUUUAUAUUGUAAAGAGAGUACAAAGCAGCAGGCCCUGCCCUGCGGUGGGUCGGCCUCGGGGUGCAGACAGGCCACGGACAGGGCGCCAGGAGACGCGCAUUUCCCCCAUGGAGACGCUUCGUGUCUUACUCGGUGAAACACAGAACAAAACAGCCCACCCACCCUGGUUUUCUCCCCCACCCGAGAUUAAGGAUGCGCUGUAUUUUUGCCUAAUUUCCCUGCCUCUAGGUUCAUAAUGAAUUAAAGGCUCGUGAGC